AUGCGCCAGUCUGAGUACAAGGUCGUGAUCGACAACUCCUACGAUCUUGGGUUCGAAGUGCAUGUGGCACGUCGGCCGCUCCACGAGCCUCAUUCCUGCUCGUUCGAUCACAAACUGGAUGCAACCGAGUUCAUCGUCAACGUGUGGUCGAGUCUGGCCGCCGCCAUGGGCAGCGUCGCGCACGUCUUGACGGCGACCGACCCGACGGCCCGCAUGUAG